AUACACGCAUGUAUAGAUUCACAUACAUCCAAAAACAUCGUAGUAGUAGUAGCAGCAGCAGCAGCAGUAGCAGUAGCAGCAGCAGCAACCGUAAUAGUAGUAGUGGUAGUAGUAGCAGUUGUAGUAGUAGAGUUUUUUUUUUAAAUGUACAAUUCUAUUACAAAUCUAUGAAGUAAUUAUGUCACGGGUAAGGCAAAACAAUUUUUUUACACGAUUUCCCGGAAGUAACAAAUUAAGUUGCCAAACUCCAAAGAUAACAAAAAACCAGAAAGACAUCACAUUCUCUCGCAAUUAACCCCGGAUCAUGCCUGACCCGCCUAGAAACGAUAUGAAUAUUCAUCAACAAAGUGACGACAGUAUGUUUCCCAGUGACGAUCAUUUGAAAGACGAUAAUUCAGCAGACGUUGUUAACGCUGCUUGCAUCAACCUGGAUAAAGGGAACCAAUUAUCAGAGGAGACGGAUGCAGACAUGUAUGAAAAUGUAGAAUCAGCGAAAAAGAAAGAUGCAACAACUGAUGAGUCAGAUGCUGAGAAUACCACGAUGAGUGGGUCUAUAAAGAAGAGUGAGUCAUUUUUACAGAAACUCAAUAUACCAGGCCUGUUGAAGAAGAAAAAGUCAGAGUCAAAAGAUGAGCCGAAAGUUUUCCAGAUUCCAGCGAAUGGUAACAUUAUUGAAUUUGACGUCGAAGAGAUGUGCCAGUUUUUCUCUUGCUUCAACGUGAGUCAAAAUUUGUUAGAAACUCUCCGUAAAAAGAAGGUAAAUGGGGAACGAUUUUCAAGGAUCACAGAUACAGAAUUGAACAAUAUGAAACUCAACAAUGUCGUUAUUUGUUAUUUUAGGAGUAAAUGUAAAAAGAAUGCGAAUCAUAACUUCAUGUUAUAAAUUUUAAUUUCUCCAAA